GUGCUAGCCACGCUGGGCAAGUGCGGGGUCAGCGUGGCAGCGCAGUGGCCGAAGGUUCUUGAAGCAGCCGAGUCGAUUCCGCGACUUGAAGAGCUUCUGGCAAAGAAAGGCCCUGAGACGUCUCAGACGGUGGAGGGACAAGGUAAAGCUGCGGUCGAGGCCAGCGAGCCUCCGGAGCCCAAGCUGCCCGAGCCGUUUCCUUUCGCUCCAGAGGAAAGCUCUGGACCGGCAGAAGAGAGAGAGCCCAAGCCGGAGCCUGCGGCUGAGGCGACAGAGGCCGAGAAGGGUGAUGAUGGCGUUCUUGUCGGGCUUGCGGGCACGCUCCCAAGUGAUGAGAAGGAUCAGGAUGGGGAGGAGCCUCCACAGGCAGCAGCAAGCAAAGAGCGGGAGCAGCCACAAGGACCACAAGGAGUCAGCCCAGGGCAGGACUUGGACAGCGCUCGGCUUGAAGCAGCUGCGAAGUCAGCAGCUACGGCUGACAAGGAGCGCCAGGACGCUGACAGGCAGGAGGACGCUUCCAAAGAGUCAAACGAGAAAGAGACAGACAAGAAGGAGAAGGACAAGAAGGACCAGAGGAAGGAGAAAAAGGAAAAGAAGGAAAAGAAGGACAAGAAGGAUAAGAAGAAGGACAGGAAGGAGAGGAAGGAGGAGGGCAAGCAAGACAAGGAGCCCAAGGAGCCCACAACCAAGAAGAGCGCAAAGGACAAGGGCCAGGGCCAGAACAAGGAGAAGAACAAGAAGAAGAGCAAGAAAAGCGAGGAAGGGCAAAGCAGUAAGCCGGAGAAGGAGAAGGCAAGCAGCAGCAACAAGCGGAAAGCCCAACAAGAAGAAGACGUAGCAGUAGAAGAGGAGGCAGAGAAGUCGCAGGAGUCGCCUGCAAAGUUGUCCAAAGCAGACGGUCGCGGUCGCGGUGGUCGCGGCAGAGGCGGCAGAGGCAGCCGAGGCGGAAGCGCUGUCGGCAAGGCCAAGGCAAAGGCGAAGGCGACUGAGAGGACUCUCGAAGCGAAAAUCGAUACGAAGAGCCGCGUCAGCUUGGCCGCUCUCUUCGGGAAGAGAAAGUGA